GCGAACAGGAAGGUCUAACAUGGUUUGAAUUACAAAAUGAUUUUGUGUGUGAUUUUUUUGUGUUUGUGCGCAACGGGAACUGUUUUCGGAUCGCCUAAUUCCCUGAAAGAUCCGUACAUAUGUGGAUCACCGACAUGUGCCGAGCCAGAGAAGUUUAAGUAUUUACUAGAUGUAAUUUACCACUAUGAGUACAAAGUUAAUGUUGAGACAUACUUUGCUGGCUCCAGUAACAACCGCUCCACAUUGGAUGUUAGGGCUGUGCCUAAAAUUCAAUUUAUAACACCAUGUGAGGGUCUUCUGCAGCUGACAGAUGUCACCUUAAUAGAUCAAGAUGAGAAUUACCCUGUGGAAAGAGCUGAAAAGUUCAUUCAUGCUGUUUCACUUUUUGAUUUGCGUUUCGCAUUCCACGAUGGUGUCGUGUCGGAGAUAUGUCCGGAGCCAGCGGAGGAGGACUGGGUACUCAACUUCAAGAGAGCCAUCUUGACACUCUUUCAGAACACCAUGAAGAGAUUUGAUAUCAACUUCAAAGGAGUUGAGCAAGACAUCCACGGCACAUGCAACGUAGACUACACGGUCCGCGGCCAAGAGAAUACGAGCCUUAUCCUAGUGAAAACAAGGGAUCUUUCACAAUGUACCAACCGAUACAAGUAUAUGUCUAUACUGCAAACUGUGAGAUAUGACUUUCAGAGUAAAUUCCAAACAUGGCCCGUAUUAAAAUCGGAAAGCAAGUGCCGUAUCACGGUAGACCAUCACAUUUACAAGGCAGUCACCUGCCGCGAGAGACAUCUCUUCGAGCCGUUCUCUGGGAAGAACUCGGGCGCUAUGACCACUGUGGUACAAGAUCUGGUGUUAAUGAGGGAAGUUAAUAAGACGGAUACUGAAGUCAUUGAAUCACAGCCUAAAGCCUGGGUAGUGAUACCUCGUCGCUCGAACUUGUUGCAUCAUCACAUCGUCUACGUUGGAGAUGACACCGGAGGCCUCAAGUCUGCCAGAGAAGUGCUCAAGCUGUUAUGCAUGGUAAAAGAUACGACAACGGAGAACCACCAUUCUUUGAAUGUAGAUGAGAAUAUGGACAGUGGGUCGACGGUGGGUCUGUGGGGGCGACUCGUGAGGUCCGCGCGCCCCCUGCACUACCCCGCCCUCUCGCAGUUAUUGGCCCGCGCUCCUACUAUUUGUAAAUCUGCUACCAAACAUAUACUAGACGCUCUCCCCUACAUCGCCAGCCCCGGCUCUGUAGAACUCAUCAAAGACAUGAUCAUGAAGAACGCCGUCGAAGACGACACCAGGCAUGAAUGGCUUAUGUCCAUGGCUAUGAUACCACGACCAAAGAAACAGAUGUUGAACAGUAUGCUAGAAUUACUACAAAAACAAAAGAACGACAAAGUGAUCAGUUUCACCGUAUCGUCGAUGGUACAUUCGUAUUGCAAACAUAGCGGGAAGGAAUUACGAGAAUGCUGUGAAGAGGAUACUCCAAGAGCCAUCGCACUAGAAUUCGAGAACAUAGUCCAGGAGAUAUCUGCUAAAGGUGUUAUCAAAACCAGAGAGGACAGGAAUAAUAUCAUAAUAGCGAUCAAAGCUCUAGGCAACAUUGGUGGCUUUAAUAAGGAUUUUGCUGAUAAACUACUGAAUAUUAUCGGCGAUAGCUUAGUCCCUGUACCCGUUCGAUUGGCGGCCGUCGACGCCUUCAGACGGACGACUUGCGAUGAAACACGUGAAUACUUCUUAGAAACAUUCAGAGCAGACUACAUGAACCUAGAAGUACGUCUAGCUUCAUACGUACAAGUAAUGAAGUGUCCCGACCUAGGAACAUUGAGGAAGAUCUUCCACACACUGCAAGAUGAACCCGUAAACCAAGUAACAACAUUCGUUUGGAGCCACUUGAGGAAUCUUGCGGAAUCCUCUCUUCCAUCUCGAGUGGAGAUCCAGGGUCUACUAUCAGGAAACCAAAUCCCCCAUCUAGAAGACAGUCCAGACUUCAGAAUGUAUUCCAGAAACUACGAACAGGGAAUGUUCUUCGAUCAGUAUAACGCUGGUGGAAACUACGAAGCGAACGUCGUGUUCACACCGGAUUCGUACAUACCUAGGUCUUUCUCUCUCAAUCUCACUGUAGAUAUGUUCGGAGAGUCCAUCAAUUUAUUCGAGAUGAAAGCCCGAGGUGAAGGUUUCGAGCGAUACUUCGAAAGUUACUUCGGUAACAACGGUCCUUUAAACAAGAACAAACUGACGGAAAAGAUCAGCAACCUCCGAUUCUUCAGGUCUACCAACGAGGCUGAUGAAGUCAGGGAGAAGAUUGAUAACCUGGAAUACAAGAAUGAAGCGCUUAAACAUAGGUUCCCAAUGGCCGAGCUCGGGAUCAAAGUGUUUGGCAACGAAAUUUCCUACUGGAACGCAGAAGGUGACGAGGAGAUUAUGAAAUCAUUGGCAAGGCUCAAUCCACAGCUACGGGUAUUGGAGAUAUUGUCUGGAAAGGAAAUAUCGUACAACAAAGCCUCGCUAUUCUUGGACACGACCUUCUCCGUACCAACUGGUGCAGGUCUUCCGAUGAAUAUGAACCUAAUGGGCACCAGUUACGUCAAUACUAAGAUGUCUGGCACUGUUCUCGAUAACUAUCGGGAGUCUGGUAACUUGGACUUCGAAGGGAAAUUGAGACCAAGCGUCGCAGUAAACAUAGCAGCGACAAUGAGCGUGGACGCUGGGGGGUUAAGCUCCAGCGGCAUCAGGGUCAACUGGAGGCUCUACACCGCCACUGCAGUGGAAGCCAGGCUCACAGUCAGGGGAAUCGCUCUUCUGAAACUGGAUCUAUCACUGCCUAUUGAUAAACAGGAGAUUUUUGCUGCUAAAUCUGAACUGAUAAUCCUCCACGGUGAUAAGGAGCACCAACAACAAGGGCUGAACAAGAACAGAAUAGAACAGAACACGUGCAGCUGGUCUACUUUCGAUAAGUCUAUUGGUAUCAAGAUGUGCGCUUCCUAUCAGUUCCCCAACAUGACGAAUCUCCGUAAUGCCCCCUACUUCCUAAUGAGUGGACCGGCUAAAUACAUCCUCUCCCUUGAGAAAGCAGAUCCUACGGCCAAGACAUACGCCAUAGAGUAUCGUUGGGACAAAAAUGCGACUGGCAAUGUUGUUAGCUUCUCCUUUGACACGCCUGACAGUAAGGAAAAACGAAUGAUAAACGCGGUCCUAUCGAUCUCAAAUACAUCUAGCACUGCGUUAUUAACCCUCCAAUCAGAGAAGAGCACGUUAAAAGCUAAAGCGAUGUACAAGAACAAGCCUUAUGACAAAUCCUUGUCAGCCAGUCUCGACGUCGAUGGAAGGAAGCAGUUCGAUACUGUAAUGUCGGUGAAACGCCACGACAUUAAAUACGGCUUCGUUUGGAUACCCCACGCUUACUGGGUCGUCGAUAAUGAGCGUGUCGCUGAGUUGUCUGGUGUAAUAAAAGUAAAAACAAAAGGUAGCGUGACACAAAGCGAUAUAGAGGCAGAAUUCCAAACGAAACAACUAGCCAGCCAUCUCUUGGGCUACUACACCAUCAACGGACCUACGCACGGAACCAAAUUACAAUUUGAUUACCAAUUCUUUAAGAACCCCAAGCAAACUAUAAAGAUUGAAGGUAUAUACAGUGAGAAAACGGGAGGAUUCAGACACGAUCUCUAUGGAGAUUUGUCCAUGGCAUUCACAGCGUACCCGGAGUAUAAUUUCUAUACUGUUCUGAGGAAUAUUAAAACUCAAUCCCACGUGGACAUAGGAUUCAACGUUAGUGCGUCUCGCGAAAAGAAGUUGGAUCCAGCGUUUACGUUCAGUUUCCAACGAGCUGAGCACUUGACCGGGAUGAGGCUUGAUACGCGACUGACGUUACACCGACCAAGACUUAUUGAUACUAGGUUCCAGUUUGAAGGAAUUGGUCCAAAAUACACGGCCUUAGCUCUACUAAACUUCAACCCUAAAUCGCGUGAGAUUCUAGUCUCUGGCUACUUAUUCUUCCCGCCGGGAACCCAACUCUAUUUGGACGCCGAACUAAACAUGACACUGCCGACCUUGCACCCUUGUUCUAUAAAGACGAAGGUCCAUGAGAAGCAGCCUAAUGAUUUCCAAGUAAACGCAGCCGGCGUAUGGUUCACGGGGGUAGACUUCAACGUGGACGCGUCCUACCAGGACCAGUCUAAAACAAACAUGGCUUCACAUCAUCUGAAGGCGUUAAUCAGUAGCACGCACUUCAAGAACAUCGCCAUGGAUGGGCGGUUCACGCAGGAUAACCGACAGAUCACAUUUAUUGGACAGGGUGAAUACAACGACGAACACUACAGGACUUUGAUACGGUACAUUCUGCUAUCAGAGCAGAACUUCACGACGUAUGUAGAAGUGGACGUUGGCGGGAAAGCGUACAGCGUAAACCUGAAUGCGGAUCUUAGUAAUAAUACUAACGUCAAUAUGGAUAUACAUUUCGAUCAACUCCGUGACCUCCACUUUUCCUACCAACGUUGGGUGUCAGCGCGACAAAAGCGUCUAAGCGCUGCCUUCAACUGGGAUGCAAACCGCGAUCCGUCGCAGAAAGUCAGUAUAGAUGUACAACUGGACAAUAAGGGUACUUGGCACCACGGGGGUCAUGUCUCACUGUACUACCCGGGACGAAUGGUCAACGGAGAGUUCGAAUUUUUGUUGAGAGAUUGGUUCUGCCAAUGGCACAUACGUAUGGGCUGGUCGAGCGAGUCCAACAUUCUAUGGCGCGUUAAGAUGUACUCGGAGGCUCACAACGAAACCGUGUACGCUUUGCUCUCCAACAUGAACACGCCUUUUGCUGGAUGGAAAGAUACUAGUUUCAACGUUAUGUGGCGUUACCACGACAAUCUUCAAGCUCUAAACGGCAGUAUGAACUGGCAGGAAGACUAUUUAGCAUUUAGCUUACUAGCGGACUAUCUGUUCAAAACUAAUGAGUUUUAUGGAGAAAUCAACGCAGUAGUUAACUCCACUAUACCGACACUACCGAAGGCAGCCGCUAUAGCCAAACACAGGGUUAUAUGGAAGAAGAGCGCUGAUACCUUACUCAGUUUCCAGGCUGUUUCGUCAUCUACAAACCGCAUUUUUAAGAAACCCUUUUAA